GAAUACUAUCCCGGAACAACGUAGUGUCUGUACGCUUCCUGCGUAGAGCCUGUCCGUCCAGGCUGUGAUUUACGAAACUUACGUUGUGAAGAGCGUAUCGGGCGCAGUAGGCAUCGCUAUGUGCGGGGGCUGUGUGCAGCAGGAGUACCCGGACCGGGGUAACACGUGUUUGGAGACCGGAUCCUUUCUGCUAAAUUAUGUGAGCUGUGCAAAAUGCAAUACGCGAGACUUUGUGCUCAUCGCUAACAAAACAGCGGAUGAAGAGGAUGGAGAAGAGAUUAUUACAUUUGAUCAUAUGUGCAAAAACUGUCACCAUGUGAUUGCAAAGCAUGAGUAUACCUUCAGCGUGGUGGAUGAAUAUCAGGAGUAUACCAUGCUCUGCAUGCUGUGUGGAAGAGCAGAAGACUCUGUUAGCGUACUGCCCGAUGACCCGCGACAGAUGGCGCCACUCUUCUAAAGAAUUCUUCUAAAUAUUUGUUUACAUCAUGUUUUUGUAUUUUUGUUGUGAUUGCAUUAAAUAUCAAUAAAAACAUGGACUGUAGCCACUGA